GUCAGAUGAAGAACACAAAAAGCUGCUUUGAGCAAGGCCAGACUUGACAGAUUUGAACUUCUCAGUCUUUGAAGUGAUGGUCACUUGUUGAGUUUCACCUACUGCUUCACUGCAUCACUUCGGCUCAACUGUGCCCUGUCCACAUGCAGCACAUGCAGAGGAUAGGCCCAGCUACAAGGCUGCAAACAUAAUUGGGAAGAUGUUUGCUUUGGUAAGGGGUCUCCUGCUGCUCCACUGUCUCCCAGGAACAAUGCAAUCACAUAACUUUGUCUGGUGCGCCUAUUUUGAUAUUGGCUGUCUGGAAAUAGAAUUAUCCCGAGGGACAACACAACCUCUGUAAUUAACCCUAGUUAAAUAAUGGCAAGAUCAGCAGAACUGCAGUUGGGGAAAGUUGCAAAACACAGUGGAAACCAUCUUCCCAUACUAAUGUGUAUAGCUCCGUUGUGUCAUACAGUUGACUUGAAGCUUGUGCUUUGAAGACAGUGGGUCUGGGUUAGUUAUACAGGCUGCUGUGAGUCUUUGAUGGAGCUUUAAGAAUUAUUCAUCCAAAUUCUGCUUGCCCAUGUAUGUCUAGCUCAACAGUUUUGUGCCUCAGUGAGGAAUUAUAACUGGUAUUAAUUUCAAAACAGAUAGUGUUACUGAAGGAGUAGCAGUCUGUCUAGUUUAGCCACAUGUUGAGCAUGCAUACUCAUUUAAUGUUUGUGGCAUUGUGUGUGUGGGUGUUAGGCCUAUAACCCUGGUAUUGCUUUAAUGUUUGAAUAUUCCUUCUAGACACUUCACAAUCUAGUCUGGCUCCACAGAGUCAGUGUGUGUCUCUGUCUGCCAGAGCUAAUGACAAGACCAGACCGCCUCAGCCUGGAGAGGACGUGGACCACCAGGUCAAAGGAGCUGUUGCUCGGCCUGACAGCACUGGGUGUCCCACAGUUGAGCAUGAGCUAAAUUGACGGUUCGGUGGAGAAUGAGAAAGAAAGGAGAAUAAAAGGAAUGAAAGAUGGAGAGUGAGAGAUGGUGAGAGAACUGGGGAGGAGGAUGUAAUAUGGACGAAAAGAAGGGACAUGAGGUAUGAAGGCUCAACGGAGAAGGUGGGAAAAAAGAGUGAGGAGAGAAAGGAGAGAAACAAAUUAUAUUAGAGGCCACAAGGUAAAUAUUACAAAAGGUUGCUAGAAUGAAAAGGAAAUAAAUCUGUCAGGUAUUAAAUUAUUAUAUUACAGAUAGCGGGCAAUUUUGCAGUUCUUUUUAUGGUAGACAAAUCCACGUGCUGUUCCCAACACGCAAAUAAUCUGACUUUGGCAGGUGUUUGUAAUGCCACUGUAAUAAAGGUUUGAACUUCAUAACUAUUACUGGCAAGUAUUUUUUGUAAUGUAACUAUACACAACUACAAGGUGUUACCAGCAGCUGCAUGAACAGUGUGGCCUUUCAAUGUGAAGAUGAGGGUGUGUCAGAGAGGUGUGGAUUUAACUUUUGUUUCUGUAGACUGGUAUGUGAGAUUGUAUUGGAUUGCAAUACACUGUGAGGUGUUCCUGUUAUUUUGUCCACACUUCCUGAAGUGUUGUGGUUGUGACAUGUAUGACGUGCAAGUCAGUGACAAACCACAGCAGCCUGAAAGCUGCCUCAGCCCAAUGACCUCAGGUCCAAACUGUAGGGGACAUGAAGUCAAUCUAAGCAGACGGAAAGCGCCCUCUUGUGACUCAUUACAGAAAUUACAUUGUUCACAAAACAAUGUUGGGGUCUGUUUUCCAGUGGUGGAGGAAGUUCUCAGAUCCUUUACUUAAAUACUAAGUACUAAUAUCACAAUGUUUUAUUCUGUGCAAGUAAAAGUCUGGAAGUCAAAUUGAAAAUAUAUGAAUUGGUGGAUGGUCAUGUACAUCUUCAGGGUGCUCAUAGACAAUGUUUGUUUUCUUGGCUUUUUUUCCAUCCUUGUAUAUUUUGAAACACAUUCCAUAACAUAUAAGCCCUUGAAAAUACUUUGUAAACCAAUGCACUGCAACCAAAAGCUUCCAGAGGGAAUAGGAGAGGAGGGGCCCGUGUUAUGAAUGGCUUCGUUCUGCUGUCAAAUGGGCCGAUGUGGUCACUGGCUGGCCGUGCCGACUCGUCCUUCACCCUGAGCCAAGUUUCUCGCCAUGUACGCCUCUCUAUUGUGAGCGGGCAGCAGCUCCCUUUGCAGGGGGCACGGCUGCUGCUGAAAGGGACGUCCCAUACUGCGUGCUACUCUCAACAACAAGUUCCUGAGAAUAAGACCUCAAUCUUCUGCCUGCUGAGUAUUUUGGUCUGUGUUGUCCUGGUCCGGCUCUCUACUUUUUUUUGCACCAAAGUUACAGAAGAAUACUGCAUGUUUACCUGCCAAGAUGAGACUGACGUUUGAGACUCUGCCCAUCAAGGAGAACCCUUGUGCCUCUCUGUCUAGUGUCACUGUUGCUCUGUGUCUCCUCACCCUCCUCCUGAUGGCCCUCAGGGGCCGAAAGAGCCACCACCACUACUCCCCAAAAUAUCCCCCUCCUCCUGGCCCCACACCGUGGCCCCUUGUGGGCAAUCUGCUCCAGAUGGGAGACCAGUUUCAUCUUUCUCUAACCCGCUUGAGGCUCCAGUACGGCGAUGUUUUCAAGAUGCGCCUGGGCUCUUUGACUGUUGUUGUCCUGAGUGGAUACACCACCAUCAGACAGGCGCUGGUUCGGCAAGGAGAAGCUUUUGCUGGGCGACCUGACCUUUUCACCUUUUCUGCCGUAGCCAAUGGGACCAGUAUGACCUUCAGUGAGAAGUAUGGACCGGCCUGGAUGCUUCAUAAGAAGCUGUGUAAGAAUGCCCUCAGGUCUUUCUCCCAGGCUGAGCCCAGAGGCUCUGGUGCCACCUGCCUGCUGGAGGAGCAUGUCUGUGCUGAGGCAGCUGAGAUGGUGGAGGUGAUUCGGGAACAGGCUGCUGCUAAAGUGAACAUGAUGGGUAUAGAUCCGGUGAUGCCCCUGGUGACCUCAGUGGCAAAUGUUGUCUGUGCCCUCUGUUUUGGGAAAAGAUAUGACUACAAUGACAAGGAGUUCCUCACUAUUGUUCACAUCAACAACGAGGUCCUGAGGAUCUUUGCAGCAGGGAACUUGGCAGAUUUUUUCCCUGUGUUCCGCUACUUUCCGAGUCCAUCACUGAGGAAGAUGGUCCAGCACAUCCGCAGGAUGAACGGAUUCAUGGAGCGGAGCAUCAAGGAACACAUCAACACCUUUGAUAAGAACUGUAUCCGGGACAUUACAGAUGCUCUGAUUGCACUUUGUGAGGACAGAGAGGAAAAUAAGGAUACAUCUACGCUCUCCAACUCUCAGAUCAUUCACAGUGUCAUAGACAUCUUUGGAGCAGGGUUUGACACCAUCAUUGCUGGUUUACAGUGGAGCCUGUUGUACCUCAUCAAGCUCCCUGACAUCCAGGAGAGAAUACACCAGGAGAUAGACGAGCACAUUGGCACAGCCAGACUGCCCAGGUUUGCAGAUAAGCCCAAGAUGCCUUACACGGAGGCGUUCAUAUAUGAAGUGUUUCGUCAUGCUUCAUAUGUCCCUUUUACCAUUCCUCACUGUACCACGAGAAACAUCACCCUGAAUGGAUAUUUCAUUCCCAAAGAUACAUGUGUCUUCAUUAACCAGUAUCAAGUCAAUCAUGACAUUGAUCUUUGGGGUGACCCGGACACAUUUCGCCCUGAACGCUUCCUGGGUUCCUUGGGACUCCUCAACAAGGAGCUGACGGAGAAGGUUCUCAUCUUCGGCAUGGGGAAGAGACGCUGUCUUGGUGAUGGAUUUGCACGUUUGGAGAUGUUUGUCUUUCUCACCACGCUGCUCCACGGGCUGCGAAUCGAAAAUGUUCCAGGGCAGGAUCUGGAUCUCAGCACCGAUUUUGGUCUGACUAUGAAACCACGUCCAUACAGGAUUACCAUCUCCUCAAGGUUUUAGACCAUCAAAAAAUCCAAAUGAUGCUCCGUGUGGAUGUUUUGGAACAUCACAACACAAAUUAUUAUUAUCAUUAGCCACCAUAUUUGGCUAACCUUAAUAUUGCCACUGAGAUACAGUGCCUCUCAUUAUUGUUCACAGACUGGAGUUUCUGUUUUGGCAAAUGUGGUCAAGUAUACACAUGAACAACAAAAGGGAAAUAUACUGUAUGUUCAAAUGUGUUUUGAUUUAAAAAAAUAGCUAGAAAUAGCACUGAAUAUGAACUAGCUUCAUGUUUGUUCUGAUCACAAUAUUUAUGACAAUCGAGAGUCAUUCAAAGUGCUUCUGUGCCUGUAUUUCGAAAGGGUAGAGUCCCUCUGCCUUCCUGUCCCACCACAUUAAAAAUUAAACUAGCUUGAAAACAGCCCCUCAUUAAAAGCCUUUAUCUAAAGUUAUUAGUUACAGUUAAACACUGAGGGAGGGAGAGAGAGGGUUUUUCAGAUUGGUGAUCAGCGCUUCAGGCCUCAAACUGUGUUCACGCAGGGUUCAUCCUCACUCUCGUCGGCCCUCUUCUCCUUCUCCUCACUUCAACUUUUCUUUUAUCUCCUCCCCAUCAGUUAGAUUCCUUUCAUCUUCUCAUCCCCCAUCAUGUCCUUGCCUUGUUCCUGUCCUUAUCCCCCUUCCCUAGCUCCUCUUCCUCUUUUAUUGUAGCUUUGAGGCAAACACUGUUCCCAUCUCCAAAAGUCUCCUCCAGUGGCUCUCUUAGGAAUGACGCAAAAAUAUAUAUUAAGACAUACAAGUUCCACGUCUUUUUGAACAUCCUCCUCCUCACCCAUCAGUACUGUGACCUCCCACACACUCAGAUUAGAUACAGUCCCAGACAUCUUUGAGGGACAUAAAGUGAAGUGUGAAAUCAGGCAAUUUGUAAUUUUAUAAAAAUGUAAAGAAGCAUAGUAGUAUGCGUAUGAACAAAAAGUUGAAUUACUUAGGGGAACUUCAUCUUUAAAUGGAAAGUUUGAAAGUCAUGUUCAUGACAGUAUUAUCUCUUUUAAACUUCUGUCUAUCCAGGGAAUGUCUACUGAGGGCUGGUGAUCUUUUCCAUCAGAGUCCUACCUGUAAACUGCAUUUUGCAGACACUGUCUUCUAUUGUUGGUCAUUGAGUUGUUACACUUGAACAAUAGGAGGUUAUGUCUGUCCCAGGGAUUCAAACUGGCAACCUUGUGGCCAUAGUAUUUAACUAACCUCUAGGACACCCAGGAAUUAUAUUAAAGAGAGUAAAAUUUAAAGUCCCCUUCCACUCGAAAAUGUGUCUUGUUACUUCAGUUGGAUGUUCAGAAUGAUGACUGUGCUGAGUUUGACACUAGAAGGCUGUUUUCCCAUUCAAGUUUCUCUGUGCUCAUGUAAAAUCUCAGUUUAACAUGGACAUACGAGCAGGAUUUGUGACAUCACAACUAGUUUGGAAGCCAAUCAUGGUUCAAUAUGCAUCUUACACAAGUGUGAUGUUUAAAUCCUUGAACCCUCCAGCGCACAAACACUGAGAAUGGACUUUACAGUAAAGUAGGAGACAUCUUGUGUCCAGCAGUUAAACAUUUGAAAUGAACAGAACACUAUUUGCAUAUUCAGUUUGCCAUAUUUUGGAUUUUUCAGUGAGGUAGAAGGAGUAGAUGUCAUUUUAAAACAUGUCUAAAGGAGAUCUUUAAACAUUUUUGGUACCAACAUUUUGGUUGAUUUGUGAGUAAAAUCAGUUAUUAUUUCUGUGUUUACACCACUGCAGAGAAUACUAGUUCAGUGGUUGCUACAUUAAAGUAAAUAAAUAUUCACUUUAGUAGAAUGGACAUGUUUUUAGCCAUGCCAUGGCAAUGUUGGGGUGUAGGUCGGUCCACGUCUUUUGCCCAGACUAAAAUAACUCAACAACUAUUAAAUGGAUUGCCAUGAAAUUUUGUACAGACAUUCAUGGAAUGACUUUGGUGAUACUCUGACUUUUCUUCUAGCACCAUCAACAGGUUCACAUUUGUGGUUUUGAGUGAAAUGUCUCACUUUUGUCUCAACACCAAAAUUGUAAUCACUUUGGUGAUUCCUUGACUUUUCAUGUUGCGCCAUCAUCAGGUCAAAAUUUCACUUUCUUUGAUUUAUACCAACAAAACUAGUGACAUUCCCAUCAGCCUCAGCAGUACUUUGUGUUUAUUGCUAAUUAGCAAAUGUUAGCAUGGUAACAUGCUAAGCUAAGAUGAAGAUUAUAUCUGCUUAACUUGAGCAUGUUAGCAUUGUCAUUGUGAGAAUUUUUGCAUGCUGAUGUUAGCAUUUAGCUCAAAGUACAGCCUCACAGUACUGCUAGCAUGGCUGUACACUCUUAGUCUUGUUACACAAAUUUCUUGAAAGUUAUUUUGAAAUCCCUGGAAUUUUUUGCAUGCUAUCAUAACUGUCAGAUAUUCAUAGUUUUUUUCUUUCCUUUUAAAAAAUGAUUCUUUGUCUCUCACUUUGUUCUAGUCUAGUCUAGUAUGAUUUAAACUAUGGUCGUCAUUAAAGAAUAACAAAUCACAAGG